AUGUCUCUCGCACGACAGGUUCCUUCGGUGGAAACUCUACCCAUGAGCCCGCCCUUGGCGUGUGCCCCUAACGACUUGAUUUCUGAUGUUGCAACAAUGAUUAGUGACAAUAAAAUGCAUUGCAUUUUAGUUUACGAUGAGGAGAAAAGGUUUUUGGGAAUUAUAACUUCGAAAGAUGUUGCAUUUCGAGGUGCACAACAUCGAAAUUUGAGGGCCAUCGAUAUCGCGACAAAAGAUCCUAUUGUAGUUCGUGCAAACAUGCUUGUUAUCGAUGCGCUUGAAAUUAUGGUUAAAAGUUCCAUCCGCCACUUACCAAUUAGGCGCAAUACAGGUGAGGAAAUUUUGGGCAUAAUUGACAUUACUCGCUGUUUUCAUCAAGCUAUGCUGAAAUGGGAACAAUUGGCAAGAAAUUACGAAAAGCUCAAUGAUGUCUUCAAAGAUUUUAUGGAAGAUAAUACGACGCAAGAGAGAAACUUAAUUUUACAAAGCAUAUCACAACUUAUUUCAUUAAUGGAAGCACCAACUUUAAAAACAAUUUUGGAUUCCUCGACCUAUAAUACAAUCCCGUUAAUUCUGAAUCCAUCCAAUACUGUUUCUGAUGCUUUGAAUCUUAUGAAACGUCAUAAUUCUAGUGCCGUUUUGAUACGCGAUGAAUCCCCUGCAACAGACAUUGCGACAGGAAAACCAGGAACCGCACAUGUAUCUGUUGAAAGAAACCAUGUUGCCAAGGAUUUCAAUAUCAUAGGAAUUUUUACGAGUAAGGACGUUGUUUACAGAGUUCUGAGCAAUUCUCAAAGAGUAGAUAUUGACACUUGUAGCUUGGCUCGUGUCAUGACGACCAGACCUAACUGUGCUUCAAUGGGCUUGGGUUUACAUUCGGCGUUGCGUAUGAUGUAUGAGGGACACUUUCUUAAUUUACCAGUUGUUGAUAAUAAUGGAACAAUCUUGGGAUUAAUUAGUGUACUUCAAUUGACGCAUGCUGCAUUAAGUCACCAGCUGUCUCGAAGUGGGAAGAAAAACAAGUUAGAUGAUCAAUUCGUCCACAUUUUAAAACAUCAGCGGGAGUUUUCCCUUUCUGCCACUUCAAAUUCCUCCAAGGCUCAUCGAACGAAUAGCUGGACUAAUCUUUCAACUAUGGAAUCCCAAAAGAACUUCAAUCAGCGUGAGAAAUUCUCUGAGCUAGAAGAUCAAUCACAGAAUUACUUUUGGAGCUUUUUUGAUACAUCAGAUAACGAGGGCUCAAUCUCUGCUUCUUCCAGUCAGCUUUCUCUUGUAGACGCAAAUGUAUCAAGCGGCAAAUCUUUCAGUCAAAAGGGUCUACUAUCAGGUCCUAUCCCAAAGCUUGCGCGAGUGGUUUCCAGUCAUGAAGAUUUUAAAAAGAAGUUCAACCACCAUCAGGGACCUGAAACUAGCCGGAAUAUUUUUACAGUCGGUAGUCAGAAAGACUUAGAAACUUUAACUCGUUCCAGUAGGUUCCGCAUCUACUUAGUUACACACUCUCCUGUUGCAAAUAAAACAAAUCUACCAAAGAACAAAGUGUUCAAGCUGAAAGGCCCAAACCUCGAGAACUCAACUUCAAAGUCUUUUUCAGAAAAAUUCUUUGAAAAUUUGGGUGAUUCCCUUGGCAUAGACUUUGAAAACUUAACUUACAAUGUGGAGCUAGCCGAUGGAACACAGAGGACUUUGGAAGGUAACAUUCAGUUAAAAGAAUUAUCAGAAAGUUACCUAAAGGUCAAUGGAAUGGAUAGGACUGUGCCCUUGACUGUUGAAUUAAUAGAUUAUCUUGAAAAGUCAAAAUCAGGAAUGACUAUGUUUCAAUAUAUUAUUGAAUUUAUAAAAAAGUGCUACAAGAAGGCAUGGGCAAGGAUUGGAUUGUCAUUCCUUUUGGGAGUACAAUUUGGAAGGCUUUUUAAAUGA